UAAGUUUUUAGAAGAAAAAUGUUUCUAAAAUAAAAUUAGAGUUAUCUUUAAUAUUAGUAUUAUAAAUAUGUAUAACGAAGAUGAAGAUGAACAGAGUGAAAAAAAUUCUGGACCUGGAUUUGUUGGCAUCAAGUUUUGCCAGGAAUGUAACAAUAUGUUGUAUCCAAAAGAAGAUAAAGAAAGAAAAAUAUUAAAUUACAGUUGUAGAAAUUGCAGCUAUCAAGAACGCGCACAAAAUUCUUGCAUCUAUGUCAACAUGAUUGUUCACGAUGUAAAUGAGUUGUCACAGAUUAUUGGAGAUGUUGUUACAGAUCCAACGCUCCCAAAGACAACAGAUCAUCCUUGUCCAAAGUGUGGCCACAAUGAAGCUGUAUUCUUUCAAUCACAGUCAAAUAAAGCUGAUCACAUGCGAUUGUAUUAUGUCUGUUGUGGUAUGAACUGUCAGCAUAAAUGGUCUGAAUGAUGAAAGAGUUUCUUUGUUAUAUUUUUGUGAUUAGGUGGAUAUGCAGAUAAAUGAAGAAUUUAUUUACUCUAAAACUCAAUGAAUGUAAAAAAAUCGAAAAAGUAAAAAAUAAAGAAUAUAAGUUUGUAACUUAAAACAAUUGAAAAUAUAAGUUAUAUAAACAAA